ACUUCUUAAAAUAGAUUGACAUCACGUGCAUGAUCAUGUGACUUGUAAAAAAAAAAAUGUUUUCAAAAAUAAUUGAAAAUUCCAAACAAUGUUGGACUACAGUAUUUAAUUCAGUUAGCUUACUUUUUGUUAUACUAAUACAACAAAAAGGAUGCGUUCUUGGAUCACAACCAAAUAUUCUUUUAAUUUUAGCUGAUGACCUCGUAUGUAUAAUUUUAUUAUAUAAUAUUUAGAAAUUAAUUUCUAAUUCUAAAAAAGACCAAGUCUAAACUAAGUUACCGUCUAACUUACUAGUACUAGUUAGUCUAAGAAUUUGAAGAAAGAAACAACUACUAAACACUAGAAGUAGACGACCAAAUCAGGCUGUGGAGUGGAUUCAGGGUGGUCUUUUUAUUUAUAUUAAUUUAAUAAUCAUUUUAAAAUUAAAGUAAAACACACAAUCCUUACUUACCUUACAUUUACAUUAUUAGACAAGGUAUGUGAAUGUGGAUGGACUACUAAACUAAUAUAAAAUUUAUAUUAUAUUAUAUUACAACUACAAUUACAACUACAAUACUUGAAUCUACUAUAUAUUUUAAUAAAAUAUAUAAAUAUAAUUAUAAUAUACCGGUAGUGUUAGUAUAUAUAUGUAAUACCAUAUGUAUAGAUUAUAGAAAAAUCACAUUUUUGUAAGUUCAAGAACAUCAUUUCAAUCAAUAGCUAACAUCCAGUGCUUUUUUUUUGGUGUGACUUUGUAGAUAAAAAGGGGUGGAACUGUCACUUUGACUUUGAUCAUGGAUUUUACUGAAAUGGGGUGUGGGGGGGGGGGGGCUCGGGGUAUAGAGCCCCGCCCCAGAAAUGUUUUGCUAAAUUCCAAAUGCAUGCAGGGUUGCAUUUUGGCGCAUACCUGAAUUUAUUUUUAACUGUCACUUUGACUUUGAUCAUGGAUUUUACUGAAAUGGGGUGUGGGGGGGGGGGGCUCAGAGUAUAGAGCCCCGUCCCAGAAAUGUUUUGCUAAAUUCCAAAUGCAUGCAGGGUUGCAUUUUGGCGCAUACCUGAAUUUAUUUUUGCAUUAUUCUAAUCUUAAUUGGUGAGCAAAAGAAAAAAUGCUUGUGGAAAUUUAGAUGUUCCUGGACUUUAUGAAAGUAAAUUUCCUAAAGACCUUUCUUUUAAUAUUCAUUAACAAUAUGGGCAACUUGAUUCCCUUAGAUAGAAGCAUGAGGCCCCCUAGAAGCAUGAGGGUCUGGUCAACUGUCCAGUGUGCCCAUGCCUUAAGACAAUACUUGUCAUAGUGACAUAUUGUCAUUAUCAGUGGCGCUACAGCCUAUGUAGGGCCCUGGCCUGCUCCACCACAUCCUUCCAUUCGUAGCGAUCCAUGCGCAAACCCCCAACUGGUGUAUAUCCAUCUCCACAUCGUCAAUCCAUCUCAGCCUUAAGCGACCCAUGAGUUGUCUGCCCCUAGGCCAGUUUAUAACUUUUGCUGCUCUACAUUCCGGCAUCCUUUCAACAUGUCCUGCCAAAUGUAGUCUGCCUUUUUUUAUCAUUGUGACAUAUUGCGCAUGAUGAAUCAACUCAAAAGCAGAAGCUUCAGAGGGUUUGCUUGUUUUGUGUCAACUGUCAUGUCAUGUGUUCAAAUACGUUCUGGUCUCAUUGUCGCAAUAGCUCAUUCUUGCUAAAUACCACACUGGCUUGAUUGAAUAUGUAUGGGAAUUCGAUUAAUGUGAACCCUGGAGCACACAUUAUCCUCUCCACAGUACAAGAUACAAAAUUAGAAAUGAACUAUACACAUUUACUCUUUUUAAAAUUUAAAACAAGCAUAAUUAUUAACAACAUAUAAUUUUACAGGGUUGGGACGAUGUUGGUUUUCAUGGAUCAGAAAUCCUUACACCCUACAUUGACAAAUUAGCUCAAGAGGGCGUCAUUUUGAAUAACUACUAUGUGCAACCCAUUUGUACACCAUCUAGAGGUGCACUACUUAGUGGAAAAUAUCCUAUUCAUACAGGUAGAACAUUUCUAUGGUUUCAGUUUUAAAUAAAUGCCUUUUUUGUGUAUUCAAUUUUAAUUUCACCAUUUUAAUUUUGAGCAAUAAUAAAAUUAUUAUUAUUAAAUAAAUCUCAUAUAUUUUGAAAGAAGUGGUGAUGUAAGGUCAUCAAUUUACUGUCUUGUCACUACAAAAAAAUAGUUUUAAAAACUGUUUUCUUUUUUCAUUAUGUUAUAAAAUAUGAAAUGUUUUCAGAUAAGUUAAUGCCGGUAAAUACUUACUCUUAAACUUUUUUUUUUGCGUUAUACCAUAGCCAUAACAGUUUAUGAGGAUUAAACAUAAAAUGGAACCAGGAAUAUAAAUUUUACAGGAUUAUUGUGACCAAUUGAAAUGCUCAAUAGUUGCUGAUGAAGCUAAAAGUAUUUAUAUUAUAAAGAAUAAAUUGUCAUUGUCAAGUUUAUUUAUUUUCAUUCAAAAAAAAUAUUGAUAAUUUAAUUUCAAGUUCAACUUUUAUAUUGUUCAUUUUGAAAGGACUUCAGCACUAUGUGAUAGCAGGGUCCCAGCCAUAUGGGCUACCUUUGACAGAAAUCACUCUGGCACAGCAUCUCAGGUCUCUGGGAUAUAGCACACAUGCCAUUGGAAAAGUGAGAAAACUGUGUUAAUUAAUUUAGGAUUUUAUUUAUUGUUAAAAAUGUUAGUUUAUUGUUCUAGAAAGGAAAUUUAAAAAAUUGUAAGUAGUUCAAUGAUGUGUAGAGAAACUAGGCUGUUUUUUCCAAGAUCAAAUCUGAGAAUAUAUGCAAAACACAAUUUCAGUUAGUAAAUACAUUUUGUUUAGAAGGAUAUUUUAUUAUUAUUAUUUUAGUAUAGUUUUUUUAUUGCUUAUUACUAUAUGGAUUUACAUCAGAUGGAGAUCUGUACAUGGAGAUGAAAAGCCAUAGAUCAGUCUGCAUGAAAGGAUGUGGUAGAGCAGGCCAAAGCCCUAUAGGGGCUGUAGCCCCAUUGAUGAUAAUUUUGAUGAUAUUACAAAUGUUAAUACUGCUAUUAGAAAUUGCUUGUGCAAAUUUAUUCUAAAAAUAAUCGUACUUAUUAAAUUUUUCCUUAGUGGCAUUUAGGUUUCUUCAAAAAUGAAUAUCUCCCAGAAAAUCGUGGCUUUGAUUCUCAUUAUGGAUAUUAUCUAGGAAAAGGAGAUUACUUUGACCACUACAGCAAUGAUGGCGUAAGGAUUUAAUGAUAUUUUUUAUAAUUUAUUGUCCAAAUUUAUAAUAUAUAAUACAUUGAUAUUUCAAAAGUGUGUCUUUUAUAUAUCUGCAAUGUAAUUCAUUAAUAUUAUUUGCCUAUUUAGAGUUUCUUGUCUAUUAAAAUAUGUUAAAAGUAUCACUAAAUUCAAGACAAAGUGUGAUGUUCUAUUAUUCUUUGUUUACCAAAUCAAACAAUCAAGGGAUUCAUGGGUUUAGACAUCCAUCAGAAUGGUCGGCCAGUUUGGAAUGAGACAGAAAUAUACUCUACUGACCUGUUCACAGAGAAGGCUAAGUCUGUAAUAAGAACACAUGAUAAAUCAAAGGUAAAUUGUGUAUAUAUAUAUAUAUUUUUCUUUUUUAAAUUGUUUUUGCCGGUGCCAACAUAUUAUCAUAUUGUAAAAGAUAUGAAAUUAUUUUCAAACGCUGUAUUUACAACUGAUAUUAGAGUUUUACAUCUUAAAGGUUUCAUUUUCUUAAUCAAAAUAUUAUGUUUAACAGUUUUGAAACAAAAAUACUUUGUAACUAUAAUUAAAAUCAUGAUCGUUCUGGCCUUUUAUCAACAGUGUUUAAAUGGUCAUGACUUUUGAUUUUUAAGAAUGAUGAACUGUAAUGUGUAAUAUUAUUCAGACAGUUAACAUAAUGCACCACAAUGAAAAUUCAGUUUUAAAGCCACAUAAAGCCUCACAAUCUUCCUAUGCUUAAAUGUAUAUUAAUGGACAUUAAUUGUCCUUGGAAUAAUUUAAUAGUGAGAACAGGAUAUGUGACAGCUUGAAUAACAAUACAACACAAUCAAAAGAAUGUUUUAGCUGACAUCAGCAAACACAGUAAAAAGACAAAAGAGAACAAGAUUAUAAGGACAUAGCUUGCAACUGUUGAUAAAUUGAUAACAAGAUUUGGUACGUUGACUCCCUAACAGAUAAACCAAAUCCACAAUUUUUACGUAACAGCCAUGUCUUUUUCUGGUUUGGUUUUUUACAAGUCCAAGUCACUUACUUUCCAUUCUUCUUUACUUUGUUUCUGUCUGGUUUUUUUUCACCUACCCUUAUUUUUUCUCCUUUUUUUAAGUACCGGGUAGGAUCUAUGUACAUAUAGAUUAUGUAAAUUUAAUUUAUACUUAUUUAAUUGUUUUGUUGCUGUACUGAUGAAGGCAUGUGCCGAAACAUAUACUUGUGAAUUAUGUAAAAUUAUUAUUAAAGCUUAACAUAUAUUGUUAUAUUGACACAAAUUGUUUGUGUCUAAUUAAACUGUUGAAGGAAGUUGUUUAAAUCCAACAUGAAAACGUUACCAAGGAAGUGUGUAAUAAAGUGUAAGAAUCGGAUAUUUUUUAUUAAAACGCAUUGUGUCUCAUUAAUCAAAGUUUCUAAAUUUAAUCAAAUAAAAUAACAUUAGAGGGAAAUGGAAGAUUAAUAGUACUUAAUUAAUUAAUUCUUCAAUCCUCACUCCCACUUGCGUAUUUGUGUAUUAGCCAUGGAACUCAAACCUUUUUGGCCUUAUGUAUGUAACUUAUUCAUUAUGUUUCCAGCCACUAUUUUUGUACCUUGCCUUUCAAGCCGUCCAUGCUGGCAAUAAAGGUGACCUUAUUCAAGCUCCACAAAAAUAUAUUGACAGGUUUCCUAAAAUUAAGAACAUCAAGAGGAGAAUGUUUGCAGGUAAUUUUAAAUUCUUGUCAUAAAAAUCAUACAUUGUAUACAUCUUUUCUCAGUUGCUGCUUUAUGCCGACAAUAAACAAAAAGAAAAAAAUGGCAAAAUUAAUUUACCAUAUUUUAGUCAAUAAUUGAUGGUUGUUUUCGUUCUCAACUAACUCCCUCUAGGUGUAGUAUCAGCUUUAGAUGACUCGGUGGGCAGUGUUUACAGAGCUCUGGUAGAUGCUGGGAUGGAAAACAACACUGUAAUAGUCUUUAGCACAGAUAAUGGUGGUCCUGCUAAUGGAUAUGAUGGAAACGCUGCCUGUAACUGGCCUCUCAGGUGACCGCACGUUUUGAACAUUAUUUGUUGGUUUUUUUUAAAAAAUAUUUUUAACUUACAUAACAGUAUAAUGCUUGCAAAUUUCUACCACAUCAUCAGCAUCAUGUUCCUUAGUCCUUGGACCGUUGGGGCGCCACAGAUGAUAUGACAACUAUCCUUCUCCAUUCCUCUUUGUUUUCUGCACAGCAUCGCCUUGUUUUAGUCCCAUCCACUCUUUGAUGUUAUCUUCCCAUCUUUCCCUCUGUCUUCCUCAUCAUAUAUUUAAAUAACUUAAAUAGACCAGACUAUAUUUCUUACUGCUCUUGGGAAAGAAGUUAGAACUGUUUUGAACAAAUUUUUUUGUCACUAUUUAACUUAAGUUAAUGAAACCUUUUUUUAAAAAUUAAUUUAAAAUACUUUCAUAUUAGGAUUGGGGGUGGGGGGGGGGGUGUUGAUUAAAAUAUGUUUAAAUUUUUUACUGAAUUUCAUUUUGUGCAUUAAAUUAUUCUGAAAUUAAUUUUGUAUAACAUUUUAUUUGAAAACAUACCUUAGUUUUUAAUGUGGUGCUAUUUUAUAAUCUUUCAGAGGCACUAAAAAUACAUUAUGGCAGGGUGGCGUACGAGGUGUUGGGUUUGUCCAUAGUCAGCUUCUCAAGAAAAACUCUUAUGUCAAUAACAACCUGAUGCAUGUUGUAGAUUGGCUGCCAACACUCAUUGAUAUUGCAGGAGGUGAUGUGUCUGUGCUGGGAAACAUUGAUGGAAUAGACCAGUGGAAAAGCAUUUCAGAAAAUGAGGAAACUUCACGUCAGGAGGUCUUGCUAAAUAUAGAUCCUGUGAUGAAACAUGAGGCGUUGAUUGUUGGAGAUUUCAAAAUUAUUUUUGGCGAUAUUUCAAAUGGGCAUUAUGAUGGAUGGUAUCCUCCCCCCACUGAGGCUUCCAUACCUGAAUUAGGCACUUUUGGCGGCAACAAUUUAUUAUAUUAUUACAAUAUUUUGAUGGAAUAUCUGUCAGGAAAUCAAAGUAAUUUAAAUGGCUACUCUAAGACCAUUGAUGAAAUACAAAAAUCUGACGUGGCAGACCUAAUUCAUGUCAUGAAUGCCGAGUACACGCUCCUAAAAGAAGUACAUAAACAAACAUAUUCUCUUUCAUUUUUACCAAACAGCCAGUUAAAGUUAAAUGAACAAAGAUCUAACAAAAUACAAACAAAAUUUGUCCAUUUUGAGCAACAAAUUGUUCAUGAUGGAAAAGAUAAGUCGGAAAGCCCAGCCAUAUCAACAUUCUCUGUGCACUGUGGUGUAAAACCAGAAAAUGCAUCCAUAAAUUGCCAACCAGAGAAAGCUCCUUGUCUGUAUCACUUAAGAGAUGAUCCUUGUGAGUACAACAAUCUGGCUACCAGUCUGCCAAUAACAGUUCAACAGUUGAUGGCCAGACUUAAUUUAUACAGAGAUACUAUGAUUCCCCCAGCUAACAAACCUAUAGAUCCUAACGGAAAUCCUCAAUUGCAUGGUGGAGUAUGGGGACCUUGGAUGUGACCAGUGUGUAAGCUACAAGUGUCUACAAAGGUUUCUCAUUGCCCAGCAUUUAUCCCGUGAAAAUGAAUGUUUUCCUUAUUGAAGUCCAGGAAUAUAAAUAAUUUCAUUUAAAAUGUUGUAUAAACUGAAUUAAAUUUAGUGAAAAUCAAUAUUCUCUAUCUUUGUAUACAUCUGGAGUUUUUGUCACCAUUUAAAGAAUCCAGUUAACCUGGGUAGCUGUGUACUUUUGAUGGUCGUGUUGGCUCAGUUUGCUUAUUUCAAGCAGGCUGCACUUCAUACUGUUAUCAAGUUCCUUUUCAACCACCAAAAGUGAAGUUUGAACAAUCAAAACUUGUGUAUCAGUCUUAUCGUCAUCUUCGUUACCACAGUCAUAGGAAAACUUUCCUUGGAGACUCUUAUUUCCCUAACACACAAACACUUUUGGGGUACAAAAUUGAUUGUGGAUAAGUAUAGUCACGCAAACAUUUCUCAAAUCAAACCUUUAACUAAAAUCUACCCAUAAAAUCAAUUACCAUUAUCUCAAAUCUACCUAACAAAUUACCACUACCUCAAUUUACCCAUCAAAUUAGUUACCACUACCUCAAACUUACCAAAGCUUCUCUUAACCCCAAUAAUCAACAGCAUACACGUUUGACACAUCCCAGAAGCAUAUUUCAGUAUUUUGACUUAAGCUUUGACUCGAGCUUUGCAUUAACUCUUUAUGGGGCAAGUG